GUACUAAUACCGCAGUAAGCAAAGCAAUAAAAUUAUUGCACACAAGGUUGGCCGCAGCAUCCCAGCCACGGCAGCGUCGAAGGCGCGGCAUAAGCCAGGGACCAUGAGGCUGCUCCGCCACACCGGACCGCGCGCGUAUCGUUUCUGUCUUGACGCAAGGGCGCUCGUGGGCAGCACCCGGCCAGCUCGGCGCACGACGCGAUGAGGCGCGUCCUCCUGCUGCCGCUCGUCGCCUGGGCGAAGUGCCGGACCGAGGGCGGCCCGCGGCGCUGGCCGGCCGCCGCGCUCGACCGGACGCGCUUCUACGCCUGGGUGAGCUGCAAGGACGCCCCCCUGCUCACCCACUUCCUCGACUGGUACCUCGGCCUCGGGUUACAAUUAACAAAACCCGGCUGGGCGCGCGUCGUUCUGCACUGUCUGGACAAAAAGGACCGGAGAGCCUCGCUGCAAGUGCUGGAGGCACGCGACGUCCAUCGUAACGUCCAUCACAACGACGGGCCCUUCUCCGCCGUCAUAAAAACGAAGGACGCGAACGUGUAUCUGGCGAGCCUCCCGCGCGACGCGCUCCUGGUCCGAGCGGACCUGGACGAGCUUUUCGACGCCGCGCCGGCGACGAUCGAGGCCGCCCUGCGCGAGGACGGCGGGUUCGUGCGGGGGCGUUUCGUGGAUCGGAUCUCCGGGGACUGGCGCCUCGCGCCCGUCGCCGCGAACCGGAGCCUCGGGGCGCAGUUCCCGCGGAGGUGCGCGGCGACGCACGCGGUCUUCGGCGGCAACGACCGGAAGUGGAUCCUCGUGCCGCGCAUCUUCGGUAACAGGUCCGUGGUCUUCAAGACGUCGCACAAUGUGUACGACGCGCCCCUAGUCAAGCGGACGAGCGACGUGAUGCACUACCGCUUCGACCAACGGGCCUUCGGGCUGCUGCGGGACAAGCGCGACGCCUACGCCUCCCGGGAGGACGUGCAGUCGGCCUUCGCGGCGACGAUGUACGACGGGAUGCUCGGCGCGUUCGCCGAGGGGAGCGACGGCGUCGCCUUCCGCCCGGCGGCGCGGAAGGCGAUCGCGUACGCGCUCGACGCCCAGUCGUCGUGUCUUUGCGGCGGGGACGUUUUCGAAGCGCCGCGGGGCGCGGUCUACGCGGCCACGGGCGGGGCCGACUACGUAGACCUGGCCAUGCUCAGCGCGAGUCAGCUCGGAAGGGACGCGCGCGUGCGCUUCUUCGUGGAGGAGGACACGAUGCGGUACUGCGCGGACCGCGCGAAGGCGCUGCGACGCGCGACGUGGGCCUGCUCCGUCGUCGACGCGUCCUCCCUCGCGGCGGACGGCGUGGUCGCGCCGCCGGCGGUGAGCCUGAAGUGGAAGCGGCUGGCGGGGGGGUGGACGGAAAAGGUGCGGAGGGGCGUCGAGGGGCGGAUCGCGGGCAUCCUGGCGAUGCUCGCGUCGCCGUUCGAAGAAACAUUAUUUCUGGACGCGGACACGGUGCCCUGCUUCGAUCUGGAGCGGCUGUUCCGGGCGACGGAGGGCGCCGAGGGGACGUCCAUCUUCGAGGCGUACGAUUUCCUGAUGGCCCACGAGUUCCACACGCUGCGCGGGUUCUUGGGCGAGGAGGCCCACGGCGCGCCGGACGUCUUCGGGCUGCUGAACGCCGGCGUCGCGUUAUACCGGUGGCGCGACGCCGUCCGGCGGUUCCUCAUGAAGUGGCUCGAGCUGUACGUGGACGACCUCGAACGCAAGCUGGCCGACCCGCGCGCGUACGAUCCGGGCGACGGCCGCGCGUUCCAGCGCCAGCCGGCGAUGCAGUGGGCCGCCUUCCGGAGCGCGGCGCGCGACGGGCUGCGGGUCCACGCCCUGAGCCCGGUCUGGAACGCGCGGAGCUGGCGGCCGGCCUUCUCGGGGCACGCGAAGCGGACGACCUCCGACGACUGCUGCGCGGCGCACAAGUUUACUUCUACCACGAUCCUCGUGGACCACCACUGCAACGCGUCGCGCCUGCCGGCCUGCGGCGCCCGGGGGUCCCUGGACACGGCGGGCCUCGACGUCAUCGGCGACGUGCGCCACGCGCGGCCGCGCCUCGGGUGCCCGGGCCGGGCGCACUAAGUACGGCGUAGUUGUGUGCGCCUUCCGUCGCCGCCGCGAACGGCGGCCGCGCCAUCCGGCAGAUCAUCCGGCGGCCGGAUCGAGCCGCGGGACGGGGACCCCCCGGCCGGUAGGUUG